GCCAGCCUCACUUCACUCUCUCCUUUGUCACUUCACUUCUCUUCGCUUCUCCCCACUCCUCCUGACCAGCCGGGCUGGUCAGCCAGGAUUCCAAUCUCAUAUCUUGACGGAGCAAUACCGUCGCCUGUACCAUAUCUGUCCUAACUAGUCUCAGCGAAGUUCGUGAUUCGUGAGGUAUUUCGCCAAACUUCGUUUUAAUGGCGUCGCUUCUCGCAGCGGCCUUGCCGUCUCUUCAGUGCAUGUCCAGCACGCGAGUCGCAUCAAAUGAAGCAUUCGAAUCGCACGGUCCAACGGUCCUCUCUUCUGCCACUCUCGGCAUAACCUCGGGUCCAGGUUCGGCGGCCAGCGCCGCUCUGGCUGCAGCUUCGGCGUCAGGCUCGGGAGCAGGCUCGGUGAAGGUGAUCUCCGUGGUUGGGGAAGCUGGUAACCUGGUUUCGCAGGGAAUCACGUGUGCUCAUGGCGACGGGAGGGGCGGGAAACGCGUCAAGUACAUGGAGAAGCAUCCCCUGGAGAAACAUUCCUUGGAGAUUCACCCCCUGGACAAUUAUCACAAGGAUUCCUUCCCCGGCGGCAUCAGCUGCCAGACAACAAGCGCUGCCAUGUCCGCACCGCCUGCGCCGAUGCCGCCUCCGCCGGACCGCGUCUCCGCUAAGCACGCUCCGAAGCCCGCCACGUCUGGCGUCGCCUCGGCGCAUCGCGCACCCGCGUCGCCUGCUUCGAAGUUAGCGGAACCAGCGGCGGUACUUGCGGACGGCAUUCCGCAUAGUCACAAUCGCAGCGGCACGGUGGAUCAUGAUCUCCCCCCGUUAGUGUCACGCGCGGCUGUCGUAGAGGCGAGUCCGCUCGGGCUGACGCUUCGCAAGACGCCAUCGCUGGUGGAGUUCAUUUCGCACAGGCUGUCGCAGGGCGCUGGCGACGCUGGUGACGACGGGGCGGGCGACGGUUCUGGCGACGUGGAUAUGGCAGAAGAGGCGCGGGUAGGCGCACCGAGCGGCGAAGAAGGCGGAGAACCCGCGGGACCCGCGCGCGGGAUGGGCGGAGGGGCGGCACAGCGGACGGCGCGCGGGAUGGGCGGAGGGGGAAUGAACAGCAGCAGCAGCAGUAGCAGCAGCGAGGCAGAACUGAGCAACUUGGGGUCGGCGCGGGGCAAUAGCGCGCGGGGGAAUGUAAGCGGAGGACGGGAGGCGCCUGUCCGACCUGGUAGCGCUCCCCCGCAUGGGCAGGCGCAGGCGCAGGGGAAAGGGAUACCGGCGCUAGUGGCGUUUGGCGGACGCCCCGCCAUGGCGGGUGGUGCUUUCCCGUCCUCAGACGGCGCGUUGGCGGCGUCAGACGGGGCGUUACCGGCGUCAGACGGCGCUGCGAUGGCGCUAAGCGCGCCGUUCGCGCCAGUGCCGCCGUCGGACAAGCUGAAGGCGUCCAACUUCCCCGCGACGAGAAUGGCGAUCGGCAGCUGGGAGAGGCACAGCAAGUACGAGGGCGACCUGGUGGCUAAGUGCUACUUUGCUAAGCGCAAGCUGGUGUGGGAGGUGCUGGAGGGCGGGCUGAAGAGCAAGAUCGAGAUCCAGUGGGGUGACAUCGCCUUCCUCCGGGCCUCCACCAACAAGGGCGAGCCAGGCGUGCUGGAGAUAGAGGUGUCGCGCCCGCCGCAGUUUUUCAAGGAGAUGAAUCCGCAGCCUCGCCGCCACACGCUCUGGCAGUCGACGCCGGACUUCACUGCCGGCCAGGCCAACUCCUUCAGGCGCCACACGCUGCACUUCGCGGAGGGCGUGUUGAACAAGCACCUGGACAAGCUGCUCGCCAGCGACCCCCGCCUCAGAGACCUCGUGCACGGGCUGCACAGGCAGGGGCAGGGGCAUGCGCGGACGCAAGUGCAUCCCCGCACACAGGCGCACCCGCCCUCGCUCCCCCACGCGCAUGUGUAUGGCAGGGACGCGGUGCCAGGACCUUCACACAUGGCAGGCGCGGGGGGAAUGGGCGCAGUGGGAGGGAUGGGAGGGUUGGGAGGGAUGGGAGGGUUGGGAGGGAUGGAUGGGCUGGCGGCGCAUGGGCAUGGCAAGCCCGCUGGCUCGCACGGGGCACUCCACUACAGGGCACAUGCAGACCCGUUCGCAUUCACGCAUGCACAUGGCCACGGGGUUGCAGCCCAUGGCAUGGGGCAUGGCUUCGGGCAUGGAGCAACGGGCCAUGGGGAUGGCAGCAUGCACCGGCAUGGGCAGGCGCAUGCGAGCAUGCAUGCGGUGGGCGGGCAUGGGAGCAUGGGCGAGGGGGGAGAGGAGUCUGGGCGAGGGAAGCCGAGGCAGGGAGCAGCACAUGUGCCGCCGCCCUACCCCAUGCUGCCAGCUGGGUACUUCCCUCCUCCGCUCCUGCCUCAGCCCUUCUUUCCUCCGCCCCCCAUCAUGCCUCCGUUCCCCGGCCACCACCUGCCACCACCCCCAUCAACACUAUCACCCUCGUCACAGUCACCAUCGGCAUCAGCAGCACCAUCAGCAGCAGCAAGAGGGGCAGCAUCAAGGGCAUCAGACCCUCGCUCUCCCCGCUCCGCGCCCUUCCCUCCAUUCCCCUACUUCCCCUCCCACCCCUACCAUCCUCUGCCCUUCCCUCACGGCGGAUUUGGGACUAGCUCAUACGAGAGGGAGAGGGGCGAGGAGGAGGAGGCGGAAGAGGAGGAGGAGGUGGGGAUGGAGGAGGGGGACAGGGAGGCAGUGAGAGCGGCGGUGGGAAGGCAGGAGAAGGACGAGGGGGGCGAGGAGGACGAGGAAAGGAGUGGUUAUGGUGGUGGUGGCAGAGCAGCAGCGGGCAAGAGGGGUGGGUAUCCCCCACCUCCGUCUUACCCUCACGUGUCCCACCCCCUCAUGUGGCCCUCGCACAUGGGCGUAGCCCCUCCUGCCUUCUGGCCGCCCUUCCCUCCUUCUCCCUUCCCUGCCUUCCCUCCCGCUCCUCCUCCUCCUCCCCCUACCCCAGCAGCAGCAGCAGCAGCAGCAGCAGCAGCUUCUGUUUCUGUUGCUCCUGGCUCAACAACGCACUACCCAUUCAGCCGUAUGCAUGGCCAUGCCAUGCACAUGCAUCCCAUGCAUGCCGCCCCUCCCCUGCACCCACAUGGGAUGCAUGCCACCGCCAUGCUUCCUCACCAUCCCUUCAUGCCGCCAUCCCAGCACCCCGCCCACCACCACAUCCCCACCCCUGUGGAUGCUAGCCAAAUGGGUCCGGCGCACAUGCACAGCAGCAGCAUCAGUAGCGGUCAUGUCUCGAUGUGCAAGGGAGGGCACAGCAACAGCAGCAACAGCAACACCCCCAUCCCUCCCCGCGGCAACAAGAACAUCAAGAGCAAUGGGCUUAACACUAGCAGCAACGGCAACAAGGGCAGCAACGGCAACAUUCCCAUCAGCAGCACCAGCAACAGUGGCAUGGGGAGUGGUGGCCUGAGAGAAAGCACCUCCCCAAUUCAUUCGUCUUUUCUGGAGGAGGUGUCAUCCAUGUUCUGUGACCCACUGCCCUUCCACUGACCACCCCCAGCACCUUACCACCAACAAGCUGCCGCCACGCCAUGCCAUGCCACGCCAUGCCAUGCCAUGCCACGCCAUGCCAUGCCAUCGUAAUGAUCCCACACCCCACAAGCACUGUGUCGCAUUAGAAGCUCCCAGAUUCCGGAGCGCGACCUACCAGGACCAACAGCUUCCCCGGUCCACUCUCUUUAGCUCGUCCUUGUGUUCUCACUCCACGUUCAGCAAUCAGUUUCUACAGCUCCUAGUUGGGGGAAGCCUUCAGUCGUCGACCCUACGGCAGCACACGUGGCAACAGCAUGUUUUCAUGUAACAGUUACCAGCAUGACCUUGACAGCGAAAUAUGGUGACAGUUGAAUAUUAUAGCCUCGUUCGGCAUCGCAGGUUUGGAGGCCGCUCCAGUAUUUGUUUGAAGGGAUGAUUGUCCCUUGGGCUUGCAGUCUGGAAGCACCAGUCCCAGUUUUGGUGGUCUCUCUCGUUGCAUGUCACGCAGUGCAAUGCAACUUCCAUCGACCUGUUACUCGCCGACAGCAUUGUUCUCUCUGAGAGUCUGAGGCAGGUGUGGCACACCACUCUGCUCUCUUUUUUUUCGCGUUACACUUGGGUUUCAGCUAGGAUUUAGGGCUGACUGAGAAUCGGGUUUCAAAGUUUGGUCUGACAAUCAGACGAAAAAAUUAGGGGAGUCUCUGGGCGAAUUCCUACAAAGUAGGAUCAGAAUCAAGAAUGUUUCUGAUCCUACCAUUUUACGUGGAGAUCAACAAUCUUGUAAAACUAUCGCG